AUGUAUUUGAAAGCUAGCGUUACGGCUGCGCUCCUGGCCGUUCCGGCCGUCAAAGCGAACCUGAACCAACUAGCUCAAGCUGCUGGAAAAUUGUAUUUCGGCUCCGCAACUGACAAUUCCGAGCUUUCCGACUCCGCAUAUACUGCUAUUUUGUCGAACAAGAACGAAUUCGGACAGGUGACGCCUGGAAACACUCAGAAAUGGCAAUAUACAGAGCCGACACAAAACACUUACAGCUACACCCAGGGAGAUGUCAUCACAAAUUUUGCGGCGACGAAUGGGCAAAUUUUGCGAUGUCACACCCUGAUAUGGCAUAACCAGCUACCAUCCUGGGUAUCCUCGGGUACAUGGACCAACAGCACCCUUGCCGCUGCCAUCCAGGCUCACAUCGCCAGCGAGGUGGGCCACUACAAGGGAAAAUGCUAUGCCUGGGACGUCGUGAAUGAGGCCCUUAAUGACGACGGAACCUACCGGACGAGCGUCUUCUAUAAUACUAUGGGAACAUCCUAUCUUCCAGUGGCCUUUUCUGCUGCUGCUGCGGCUGAUCCUGCAGCCAAACUCUACUACAAUGACUAUAACAUCGAAUACUCAGGAGCCAAGUCCACGGCUGCCGUCACCCUGAUCAAGCUUAUCCAAGCCGCAGGAGCGAAAAUUGACGGAGUUGGUCUCCAGGGUCACUUCAUCGUAGGGUCUACACCCAGCGCGUCCGCACUCACCAGCCAGCUUAACACAUACGUCGCCCUCGGCCUCGAGGUAGCAUACACCGAGGUCGAUGUCAGGUUCUCCAGCCUCCCGUCAACAGCAUCGGGGCUCGCGCAGCAGGCGACAGAUUACGGAUCGGUCGUCAGCGCCUGUCUUGCGGUCAGCAAAUGCGUCGGAAUUACUGUGUGGGACUUCGACGACAAGUACUCGUGGAUCCCCAGCACCUUCUCCGGUCAGGGCGACGCGUGCCUAUACUGGUCGAACCUGACGACCAAGCCGGCGUACGACAACGUGCAGAAGCUGCUCGCGGCCGCGGCGGGGACGACGUUGCCCACGAGCACGGCUACCACGCUGUCUAGCAGCACGACGAAGACGAGCACAUCUGCUGCCACGCCAACGACCACCAACACGGCGGUACACUGGGGGCAGUGCGGAGGUGCUAGUUGGACCGGCCCAACUGUCUGCGAGUCUCCCUAUACUUGCACUGUUGUGAACGCUUACUAUUCUCAAUGCUUGUAA